GCUACAGAAGAAAACACAAUACCAACCGAAUCGGACGUACCGCGGAUCGCGACCGUUGCGCGCGUUUAAAGUGUGUGACUAUUUUUUUGUUGUUGUUUUGCGUGCAAUUCGACGCGCGCGAAUAUUUGCAAAUUGUUCGUUAGUUAACUAAUAAAGAGAAAAUGCAAUAAACAAAAGUGAGUUAAUAUCAUGCGCUAUUGUCCAUGUCUUUGCACCAAUUUUCGUACCGCCAAAGGUCGGCUAAUACACUUGUCGGUCUGAGCUGACUUUUGAAUUGAGCUGCUCUGUCAGUGUUCAGCCUAAUUAGCGCACGCUGCUGCUAUUCACACUUUAUAUCCUAGGGAGACAGAUACACAUGCCGUCGCUGCAGGAGCAGCAGGGUGUGUUCCUUCCUGUGCCUUUUCGCUCGUGUUUGUGUGUGCGUGUGUGUGGAUUGUGAACCUGUGCUAAAAAUCAAUAAAGCACGCUCGUGCAGAAGUCAAACAACAAAGAGACGACAAGUCCUGCUCCUGUUUCGCUCACACUCCCACAGUUAGAUAUGAACACAUGUGCGUGUGAGUUUUCUCGCUCACAUCUUUAAUUCUUUUUUGUUUUACUUUUUGUUUUUGUUGUUUCUUAUUAUUUGUUGUUUGUUUUCUGGCUGCCAAGAAGGACGACAACUAACAAUAAAAUCCGCAGCAAUUAGAGAACUUGGCAAUUAUGCGCGUCGCUUUGUGCAAUUGAAAUUGCAGUUGAAGAUUGAAACGGAAGAUCAAUUCGGAGCAAAGCAGCAGCAGCAGCAGCAGCAAUCAAGUACUGAGGCCCCGCAGGAGUCGAACUCUCCGCAUUGCCGGGCCGAGGCCACAGCAAGUGCCGCAUCAUGACUUUCUAUUGGUGGUCGCACUGGUUCUGGGUAACCUGCCUGAGCGUGGUCCUGCUGCCCAAUGGCAUCACACAUGUGCACACAUAUCCCAGUCACGAGAUUAGCCUAGAAUCAACGACGCAGCAGGAGGAGCGCAUGCUGGAGCGGACCGAGGCAGCCAGCCAUGAUGCUGACAGCCGUCGACAGACAACGAAGCUAUACCAGACCACGGCCAGCCAGACCUGGGCGACGGUCACACAGCGCAAUAUCAUGGACUUGACCAUCAAGACGACAGCGCCGCCCAAGGCGACGCCCGCCGUCGCCAUAGUCGAGAGCCAGCCGGAGGGAGUCGACGAUAUUGAAGCGCCCUUCUCGGACUCCAUCGAUGAUGAUGACGAUGUUGGUGGCGAUGUUGAUGUGGAUGUUGACGUGGAUGUGGAGGACGAUGACAACACCGAGGCAGGCAUGGACGAUGUGGACAAGGAGGUCGAGGAGGCAACGGUUAAGCUGACGCUCUCCCACAAUCAGUUCGAGUUCAAGCGCUCGGCAGACUUUGCGUCGGUGCCAAAAGGCGCUGCCGCUGUGCCCGUCGAGCCACUGAGCAACUAUACGAAUUUCAGCCGUAGCACAAGUACAAAUAGCAGCUCCGCUUGCAACGCCACGUGCAUGGCAGCUGCCUCGAGUGCCAGCGGUGCCGCCGCUGUGAGCACCACAGUUGCAGCAACAUCCACAUUAGCAGCAGCAGCAGCAACAACUAAAUCAACAGCAACAGCAACAGCAACAGCAACAACGACUUCAACAAUUAGCCCGCCAACGAACAGCACCGGCCAAGCCGUGCCGGCCACCCCCUCGACGCCAAAAAUCAACACCGAGUGGCUGUCCGAUGAGCUGCAGCGAGUGUCGUUCACGCUGGAGAACGCCAACAAGGAGGACGAGCUGCGCCGCGCCGAAAGCGAGCAUCGUUCGCGCAAAUCCAAGGUCCUCUCCGCCGAGUAUAAGCACAUCAAUCGCUACAUCAACUACUCCAGCGACACGAAGAGCCUUCUCGCCCGCUCCGCAUCUGCGGCGCCCAGCAUUUCGGGCUACGAGGCCGCGGACGAGGGCAACAUAUCCUCCGAGGCGCUGGCCAUACAACGCACCUAUUUCCUGGACGCUGGCGCCAUCUCGGCCAUUUGCUUCACGGUCUUUGGCAUCUGCUGCACGGUGGGCACCAUUGGCAUUGUGCUAUAUCGUCGGCGCUACGUCAACAAGCCGCAGGCGCUUAGCGAGCCCGACUCGAGCGUGUACAUUGAUGAUAGCACGAUGCGUGUAAGUGAUAACUCGGAUGAGAUGUACAGCCUGGACAAUGACUCGUUCCUCAACUCCCUGGAGGCGAUGACAAUACAGAACUAUUGGACGGACACGGUCAAACAUACAAAGCUUUAAUUUCGAUUGUCUGCUGUGGAAGCCGGAAGCCUCCCCUCAUCGCCAUCGCCAUCGGCAUUGUCAUCGUCAUCGUCGCGUCAUCAUCUGCUCAGUACUCCCACUGUGGCCCAGAUACUGACCUAUCCUGACCUUCACAAACAGCAAACACACAUCAUAAUCAUUAAGUAGGCGCCACGGAGCGCAGUGUAGCAUUUAAGCAGCGGCCCUCCCCAGGCGGGGCCAGAUGUAUGUAUUUACUAAUUGAUAGGCAUUCGUGCAGCUCAAAGGGCUUGUAGGCAACCAAGCGAGCGACUAGUUUUAAGCCAACUACCAAAAUUAUGUUUAGUACGUCUAUAUAAUAUAUACUUUAAGGGCGCAAUGUUAUUUGCAUAGUUUUAACUGUUGAUACUGUCUGUCUGCAAAUUGAAUAUUAAAGGAUUCUCUCCAAGUGCACAUACAUAUUUAUUAAAAUAUGUGUGUCGGUAUGUAUGUACGUGUGACAGCAUUCCUGGUUUAUUUGUACUCUCAAUUAUUUCAGUUAAGUUCGACCUACUUUCCCUCUCUUUAUACUUAUAUACGUAUGUAUAUACUCGAUUACUAUAGGAACUUAACUUAAUAUUUAUAUUUUAAUAUUUAUGCAACUCUAAUUUUAAUAUUGUUGAGUAUUUUUCCAAUAACUUUAUUUCGUUCUUUCGAGUUUCGUGAUUAAUAUGUAUGUUUGUAAUAUUUAUACAAUUUCGAUUUGUGUCUGUCCAACAAUUAAACGCAAUCAUUCCUUCCAGUUUAGCAUAUAGUGCAACUUUAUAUGAAAUUAUUGUAUUACAAAUAAAUUAAACAUACUACUAAAAAAUUCACACACAAUAUAAACUGUUUACUGCCACUAGACUUUUUGUCAAUUUUGCUUGUCGAAAUUGUAAAGACACGAUUUUAACUAAUAUGUCCAUUAUUCAAUUUACGAAAUGGUAAUUAUAUAAACGAUCCUUUCUAAUAAA